AAAUUAGAAUACUGACUGAACUGAGAAAGUAUGAAAACCCUUCGGCCACGACAUCAGAUCUGCAGUCUGAAUAUGAUACUUUUUUUUUUUUUUUUUUUUUAACAAUUGAGAAUUUGUAUAGAUUUCAAAUCUAGUAAUGAAAAGGGAUAAUUCAAAAAGGGGGGAAAUUAAUUAUAUUCAUAUGAAAGGGGAAAAUGAAUUUAUAGAUAUAAAUGUGAGACUGAUAUGCACUAUGGUUCAAAUUCGUACCAUAGAGCAUGGUGGUGUCCAUGGUGGUUGAUGGACUGUAGCUGCACAAUGACUAAAGUAAGAAAGGGUACCGACCGUUAGAUCUAUGCGUAAUCACAGCUUCACCCUUUUAAAAGAGGAAAAUUUUGCGGCUAAAUUGAAACCAAAAGUAGCCGUUUUCAUUGGAUAAAUUCGACCGUUGGACUCCAGCAAAGAAACAUAACAAAAGAUCCGUUACCAAAGUGUUCUGCUUCGAGCCCGUUUGACUUUUCAGUUCCGGAGACAAAUUGCGAAAGCCAAAAAGGAACCAAAGAGAGAAGGAGAGAGAGAGAGAGAGAGAGAGUAAAUGAAAGAAACCCAUUUCAUGGGUAUUUAGAGAGAGAGAGAGAGAGAGAGAGAUCUUUGAGACCCACUUAGUGUUUCUCUUUCAAGUGAAAAUGGUUGCGAGAACCCCACCGAAGCAGAGGAAAAUGGUAGCCCCUCUCAAUCCUGUUUUGCUCAGAGAAACAGUGAAGAAGGUGGAUAGAUGCAUGGCUCGGUUGCAGGAGCUACAGUACACAGUUUCAGGUGGUACAAAGGUGAUCUCCGGAGUGAGUCUCAGCCCUCGCAGUACUAGAGGUUAUCUAAGGACUAGCCUCCGAUGCAAACAAGAAACUGCAAGGAUUAAAGGUUCUGCCCCUAGGAAAUCUCCUGUUGGGAAGUUUCCAGCAAAUGCAGGAGGGGAGUGGCAGAGAAUGUCAUUGCCGGCAAUGCUGGUAGGUGAAACAGUCGGAGAAAUUCUACAAGCAAGUCAAUUUGCAAGAGAAAUAGUAGCAGCAGUUGGUAGUAAAACCAAGAAAACCACUGUGGAAGACCCCAAAACCCCAUUGACCCAACAGAGGAAACAGAGGCAAUUCCCUGAAAACACGGAACUCAGGGCCAGAAGGAAGAAGGAGAAGCACAACAAAUCUCAAUCCUUUCAAUCAGAAUCAGGUUCCCCAAUACUCCAACGGGCCCGUUCUCGAAUCAAUUUCAAGGUUUCACCUCCAAACAAGAGAGAAGUGUUGAAAGAAAACAACAGAUACUUGGCAAACAGAGUGUCUCCCAAGAAUAGGCCAUGGGCUAAAAAGAGUGUGUUAUUUCCCAACCCCUUGUUUUUGUCCUCAGAUCCUUCUUCUUGUUCAAAUCCGCAGAAGUUUUGCAGGACAAGGUCACCAAUCAUUGGUAGAAAUGAAAAUAAUAAUAAGCCACGGAUUCAGACUCCACACAAGUUCUUAAUCAAGUCUCCACCUUCAGCUUCCAAGUUUCAGGUCAAGAUUAAGAGCCCUCCAUUGGUUUCUUCUCUUUCUCCAACAAAAAUAGCCAAGAAGUCUCCCAAGAUGUCAACUGCCUCGAAACUACGCCGGUCAUUUUCACCGUCGAGAUUGGCAACUAGAUUGGUGUCUCCAUUGAAGAGCAGAAAGAGUGUGCAAAAGAGUGAGGGACUAGUAAUGCGUGGUUUGGAACAGCGUCCAACUUGUUCAGUGCCACUGGGAAUUUCAGCUCGGAGAAUUUAAACAUGUUAAUGAUUAGAUAAUAUGCACAACGGCUUGGUUUGGAUUGAAUUGUGUUUGGUGUUUUAAGAUAUUUCCUCAAUGUCCAUGGUGUUCCAUUAGUUUCGAUUAUAUUUCUUGCUUAAGGAUGCAAAUUUGUCAUUCCAUUCUUUCAUGUAAAAGGUUGAGAGAAAUUCAAUGAAUAAAUAAAUUAAAGUA